UUUAAAAAAAGUGAAGAUGAUCGAGAUAGAAAUAGAAGUUUGGAGAAUGGGUUGGAUUGCAGGUACGGUGGCAUGGAUUUGGAUGAUAUGGAAAGUUAUAAACUGGGUUUGGUUGAAGCCGAAGAAGCUGGAAGAGUGCUUAAGACAACAAGGACUAAACGGAACUCCCUAUAAGCUGCUUAUCGGAGAUAUCAGAGAAAACAACAUGAUGAAUACAAAAGCACAAAGCAAACCCAUGGAUUCCCUCUCUCAUGACAUUGUCUCCCGUGUUAUACCUUUUGAACUUGACGUUAUUACCAAAUAUGGAAAGAAUUCAUUUAUGUGGAAAGGACCAUGGCCGGCUCUAAUCCUCAUGGACCCAGAAAUGAUUAAGGAAGUUUUGAACAGGUUUAAUGAAUUUCAGAAGCCACGACUGACAUCCGUGCCUCGAACUCUGCUGAGCGGGCUUGUUAAACACGAAGGUGACAAGUGGGCAAAACACAGAAGUCUUCUCAACCCAGCCUAUCGUAUUGACAAGUUGAAGCUCAUGCUACCAGCUUUUGAAGCGAGUUGUGAGGAAAUGUUUAAAGAAUGGGAAGCUAUGGCCUCAGCAGAAGAGUCACUGGAGGUGGAUACGUGGGCUUGUUUUCAUGAUUUAUCUUGCAAAAUGCUUGCUCGAGCAGCUUUUGGAAGCUACCAUGAAGAAGGUAGAAAGAUUUUCCUUCUCCAAAAAGAACAAGUUGAUCUUGGACUCCAAGCCCUCAAAUCUCUUUUAAUCCCUGGAUCCAGGUAUCUUCCCACAAAAGCUAAUAGGAGAACGAACGAAACCGAGAAGGAAAUGAUAGCUUCGUUUAAAGCCAUUAUUGACAAAAGAGAGAAAGCAAUGGAGAGAGGAGAAACUUUUAACAAUGAUUUACUGGGUUUUUAUAUGGAAUUGAAUUCCAAACAAAUUAAAGAAAAUGGAAAGGAAGCUGGAAUGACACUAGCUGAACUUAUUGAUGAAUGUAAGGCUUUCUACUUGGCUGGGGAGAAUGCAACCUCGGUCUUGCUAACAUGGACAAUGGUUCUAUUGAGCAUGCACCAAGAUUGGCAAACCAAAGCAAGAGAAGAGGUUUUGCAAAUUUUUGGCAACGAAAAACCAGACUUUGAAGGCUUAAACCGCUUGAAAAUUGUUAGUAUUUAA